CUUGUAGGUGAUUCAUUUGCAGAAGGAGGUUGUUCUCAUGGGAGAGCUGCAACACAAGAGCAGUGAGAAACUCCUGGCAGCCAAGGCAUCCAAGGCUUCCCGACUGGAACAUCAAUAUGCCCAGAAAACACUCGUCAAUGAAAUCAAUGGUCUAAACUAUGAGCUCAAGAGGGCGGUGACAGAGCAGGAAAGCUGCAGGGCUCAGCUGCGUGAGCAAGCAGAGACCCUAGCAAUCAAGGAGCGUGCAUUGGCUGAGGUGAAGAUGAUUUUGGAGAAGAUGAAGACGAGCCACAAAGAAGAAAUGAAGAGCAUGGAGGAAAAGCAUAGAGCUGCCCUGCGUGUGAACCAGGCCCUGGAGGCACACAGCCUACAGCUGUAUGCAGAGAUAGAAAGGGUCAAAGUCAAACUGAACUCUGGUAAGGGAGGUCAAGCGGGAAGUGAUCUUAGUCAAGGGAGGGUCAAGACCAAACUGAACUCUGAUGGUUCAAAGCCGCAGACGCCCACCUGUCUGAGUGAACCAUUCAGAGAGCGUAAAGGCUCUUACCCGUCCUCCAAAUCAGCCUCCUCACAUAGGAACAUACUGACGCGGAUGACGAGCGUUCCUGCAGUUAGCAACGUCAUAGGAGAGGACUUGGAAGGUCAAAGGUCUAAUUCCGUUCCUAAGGGAAACGAAGCAAAACAUUCUGCAGUUGACGAAGAUUAUCACAUUGUUGGAGAAUUCGAGCAUAGUGCAGAUAUGGGUGCAGUUCAGCAGUCAAGGCAUGAUGAGAUAGAAGGAGCUUCCGUGACAUCGAGAGUUUCCAAUAGAGGACAGCAGUAUCAGUUCAAGAUAGUCAUACUACCUUUUACCCUGGGCUUUGAAAGUGAGCGGGAGUUGGAUGAAAGCAAACCCAUACGUGCCCAGUUGAAAACCCCUGACGCGAAGCAGCCAUCAAUAUUCCUCAGAUACAAGGAGAGUGAUCCGGACAAAGGGCAUAUAAAAGUUUAUCCGGGUUGCUUAAAAGUUUCCUCUGGUCACAAGAACAUCACGGUGACCAGUAAAUCCACAACAGAGGACAUUAUACGAACAGCCUUGAAGAAGUUUGGAAUUGAUGUUCAUGAGUCGUUACGUCAGAACCAGAUGACGCGCUACUACCUGCAGCAGAGGGCGGACCCACAUGGCCCCAGUAUAUCCCUGUUUGUGGGAAACUUUCCCACGGGCCUGUCACAACGACAAUAA